AUGUUCUUCAACGAAUCAGCCAUGCCUUCUUCCACCUCAUCAUCUCCCUCUUCCGCCCAAGACGCCUCUUCGAUGUUGUAUGGCUCUCCAAACAGCUCCGCGACGUCCUCACCGCCAAGUAUCUCGUCUAUCACGCGCUUUUCAGACUCGAAUUGCGAAUCGCCAAUGUCAAAGUACUUCAGAGACCGAAAGCAGGGUUUUCAGAAUUCCGCCGACGUGAAACCGACUGCGGAAGACGAUGUACGAGAUGGAGCGGCGGAGAUUGUCGACCUUGCCCGUAGCUCCCCAUCGCCCUCUCCCAAUGCCAAUCAUACUUUGCCGGCUUCUCUUUUCGCAAAGAAGACCGGCAGUGUCAUGAACUCGUGGAGAGAAGGGGAAGAGUCAGAGACGCGCUCGAAACGAUGGAGUCUUGGCAAGUGUCGUUCAUCAUUGAUCACGGCGUCGACUGACUCAAGUAUAGAUUCCGCGACCACCGAUGCCACCUUGGUCGACCCCAACUCCCCGUCCCCACAAGCAACCGCCAAAUCGUACUUUGCGACCCAAACCUACCGCCCGUCUCUCCUUUCCCGCGGUGUCUACCAUCCAAGCGACCCCAAAAAGAGCCUGUAUGUCGGCGGUGGUGACCUAAUGCAAGAGGGAUUCACCGGGAAGGGAAUGAGGCCUCUCUUACUUCUCUCGAGAAGGACUUCGAGCUACACCGAUGAUAGCCCCUCCCGCGAAAGCUUCCCAUCUCCUACUAUCGAACCGCCCGUCGCCCCAUCUUCUCCAAUCGGCCUCGGUAUCUCAUUCCAACCGCCUUCUCCGUCUUCCGACCCGGCAUUCAUCCCCUCGAGCCCUGUGUCUUCAUCGAGCUCGUUCGACUCUGACAGCGAGUAUGACACACUACCUCAUAUCCCGCUGCCUUCUGACAUCUCGAAUGCGGUUUCGGCGUUUGUCAAGUUUUUGUCCCCCGAUGCUUUCGAUCUCACCGAAGAUGAUUUUGACGAGAAGAGGGAGAAUGCCGAAGAGGAUGAAGGAGAGAAAGAGGAUCGAGUACAAGCGAAGGCGGAUGAGGAAGCGAUCAAGAGCUGCUUGAAGAGUGCCGGCUCCCCGCCUCGGGCUGGCAUGAAGGGCGUCAGGUUCGACGUUCUGCCGCCCCGUCAUAUCAGAAAGAUGUCUUCUUUGGAGACAGUCCUCAUCCGCUCUGACACCAGCGAGGAUUGGCACCCCAUCUUCUCCUUCCGGUUCGCGUUCCCCUCUCUCCCCUCUCUCCCCUCUCGCCCGACCCUGCAACCUUCUUCCCAUGCCGCCAAACCUCCCCCUACCCCGCCACAAACGAAUAUCCCCCUCCUCUUCUUGACGUUCCUUCUCUCUGUCUUGGUGGCGGUUAUGGACUGUAUAGAGCGAGGUGCGGUGAGUGUGGUGAGGGGAUGGGUGGUAGGAGAGAUGAUGUUGGAGGGGGCGAGAGUCGAUGAGCGAAGGAGGUUGGUGCGACGAACUAGGAGGAAAGGAACGGCCGUUGCUGUUUGA